AUGGACCACUCGCACUCGACAGCCUUUGCUCCCCAUUACCACCAGCCAACUUCUUUCGAUGCCGAAAAAGUCGACUAUGGCUUUGACUCUAUGCUCGGUCAUGAUACGUGCUUGACGCAUGGACUCGAUUCUCUUGGGACUUGUAACAAUACCGAGAAUGCUUGUCUCGACCAGCGUUGUUUUGACCACUAUGGCAAAACUUCUGCCGCAAAGAACGUCCUCGAGAUUGGCCUCGAUCUGAAAUCCGGCGCCGAUAAAGCCCCUCAUAGAAAUGACCAGGCAAACAAUGUCCGUACCUCGAGAGCAAAGACCCGUUCGCAAUCAAACCUCUCCAGCUCGCCUGCAAAGAUGAUGUCUGCUGCCGCAAUUAGAGCUUCGGCGCAUAGACAAAAGCGGAGGAGACAGUCCGAGCAGCUCCAACAGCAUCAACAACAACACCAGCAACACCAGCUGGACUAUCACCAGUCAUCAGCCGCUCAUCAUAUGCACUCCCCCCAUUUCCUUCAUGGCCAAAACAUGCAGCAUAUCGAACCCACCGCGGUCCUUCAAACUGUCAACGAGAACUUGCACCACAACUUCCACAUGCCUAUGCUGAAUGUCCACCACCCAUCAUUUGGCGAUGUGCAACAGCACAAUGGCAUGUUCUCGCCUUCAAGUACCUAUGGCCACUGGCCACACGCUGUUGCUCCUUCCUGGGCCACCAUGAUGAAUCAAGCCACCAUGGCUAAUUGUAUGCCAAUGCCAUGGCCAACGCACACCGGCUGUAACGACGCUGCUUCCGCCGACUGUACAUCUGCAUGCGGUGACAACAAAUGCUGGAGUGAUUGCGGAGACGGAGAUGAUGCAGACUGUUGCUUUGAUACCUCUUGCGCCGAGCUUGACUUUUCCCACAACGCAUGCUGUUUUGAACCAACAUGUGCCGAUCUUGAGCCAUGUUUAGAUGCUUCAUGUCAGGAGGCCGCAAUCCCUUGCAAUGAUCAGCAUUGCGUCGGGACCACCGUUUCUACCACUCCGGCCUCUAUUUCUGUCACAACUCCCUCAGCCGAACCAGAGCCUAUGGUCGGUGCUAUCCUCAGCCCAACCGAGCCAAGUCGAGGCGUUACUUUUGACAUCGACUCGGCCAUCAGGCAAAACUUUGGUUUUGGCCAUAGCUUUACUGAUGAUCUGAACCAGCAUGAUGGAAACCUUAACAGUGGUCACAAUGGCUCGCUAGUAUUGGAUCAGAAUGCUGUUUUUUCCCUGUCCUCUCACUCCCCCACGCCCAAGACCGAGCUGGCCGAGAACCAGUCCAUCAAUGAAGAGACUGAUUUUACUUGCAAAUGGCUUUGUGAAGAUGGCGUCCUUUGUUCCAAAACGUUUGGAGGCAACAAGGAACUUCAGGAUCACUGCAAGAAUGAGCAUGUGAAAAACUUGAAGAAGGGCGAAAAUGGCUUCUGCUGUACAUGGUAUGGUUGUAUAAGACCUGGACCAUUCUCGCAGAAGAGCAAGCUAGAGCGACAUAUGCAGACCCAUACCGGAUACAAGCCAGUCAAGUGCAAUAUCUGUGGCAUCAUGCUUUCCGCAAAACAAUCGCUUGACCAACACAUGCGCACUCAUUCGGGCGAGAAGCCAUGGAAGUGCGAGCAUGAGGGGUGUGGAGCGCGUUUCAAGCAACAAAGUGCUCUCACCAUGCAUAUGCGUACACACACUGGAGAGAAGCCCUUGAUGUGUGAGAUUUGUGGAAAGCGCUUUGGUGAAUCAUCCAAUCUCUCUAAGCAUCGCCGUACGCAUAACGUCCGUGGUAGCCACGUAUGUGACCACUGCGGCAAGGACUUCCAUCGCUUAGACCAACUUCGCCGGCAUUUGCAAACACAUCUUUCAGAUGGCGAGCGUAAGAGCAGCAAAAGCUCCUGA